CCCAACAGCCGCUAUAGUAGUAUUCGCGAGUAGUAUUCGAACGACAUUCGCUGCGGGCGGACAACAAAUAUCCGGAUGAUGUUAAUGCUGUUCCUGCUGGCGUUGCUUGCGACGCAGUCUGACCUGGUCGGCGGCUUGGAGUCGGGCUCGCUGCUGCUGGACCUGACGCAGCUGGCGGCGGGCAAUGCCACGCGAGAGACGACAACCUGUGUGGAGCAGCUGCGAGAGCUCCAUAACGCCUGGCAGCACGGGCACAGCUGGGCGCUGAAAGCCUUUGAUGCCUCCGGCAGCGGCUAUCACAAUUUCAUGCUGGGCAACAGCUUUUGGCUGGGCAAUCGUUGGACUUGUCGCUCGCUCAACGAGCAGCUGCUUCAGGUGUUUACCCAGCGCCAGGAGCAGCUGCUGCGCCAGCGGGCGCCCUUCGUCCACGACUAUCGUGUGGUGUAUCUACGGGCCAACUCGCCCUGGCAGCUGACCCUGAGCCUCAAGGAGCCGCCGCUGCUCCACAUCGGGCUCUGUGUGCCGCACAGCUGUGAUCCCCUGCAGCUGGACAAGCUGCUGCGCGAGACGUUGACUGCAGCUGGGCAGCGGAUGGAACGGCUGGAACGGCUGCAGCUGCGGCCCGAGCUGGUCUACACGAAGCAGCCGGCGCCGGGUCGCCUGGCUUUUCGCUGGCUUCUGCUGCUGGCUUUUAGUCUGCUGUUGCUGCUGCUGCUCCCGCUGCUGGGGCGCAGCCGCUGGGCCGGCUCCAGCCGGUUGCUGGCCUGCUUCGAUGUGGCCAACAAUUGGCGGCGUCUGUGGCAACUGCCCGGAGCGGGCCGCACGCCGGAGAUCGCCGUCAUCCAUGGACUGCGCGUCUGCAGCGCCUUCGUGCUGCUCGGCUUUCAUGUUGUCUGGUAUCAGUUCUUUUCGGUGAAUCAUUCCGCGAAUCUGGCCGCAAAGCUGGCCAAGCUCUGCACGCAGCACGCCUACCUGCCGGCCGCCUUGGAGGUCUUCUUUGUCGUCAGCGGCUUUCUGACCGUCUCCAAUUUCUUGGGCAACGAUGCACUGCAGCGCUGCAUUGCGUCGGACACGCUGGGCGGCAAUGUGCGGCGCUUUGGCCGCCAGCUGGCGCAGCGGUAUCUGCGCCUGGCGCCGCUGCAGUUGCUCGUCGUGCUGCUGUCCGUGCUGAGCUUUGGCCAUCAUCGAGUGGCGUCUGUCUUUCAUCUGAUCGAGCCGUUGGAUGAGCUCUGCUCGCGGCAUUGGUGGCGCAAUUUGCUCUUUGUCCAGAAUCUGUAUCCGAUCAAGGAGAUGUGCUGCAAUUGGACCUGGUCGCUGGGCUGCGAUAUGCAGUUCCAUAUUAUCGCCAUGCUGCUGCUCUACGUGCACACGAGGCAUCCACAGCUAGUGCGUCGUCUGGUGCUGAUGUUGCUUUUGGCCAAUGUGCUGUACACGGUGCUGCUGCAGAUCGUGCUGGAUGUGCCCAGCACAAUUGAAGCCAUGUACGGCGUUGGCGAUUGGCUGUACACGAGUCCCCUGGUGCGCAUGCUCUCCUAUCUCAUUGGCGGCAUUUAUGGCUAUGCGCAUGCGCGCGGCUUGCCCGAACCAUUUGCGGCCCUCUUCCCCAACAAGCUGGCCAAGUGUGCCCUGGCUGCCGUUGCCGUUUGGCUGGCGUUUCAGUUGCAGGUGCUGCAGCUGGCCAGUCCGGCUGCGAUGGGCUGCGCCUUGGUGCUGCUCCGUGGGGGAAUAUCCACGGCGACGGCGCAUCUCAUUCGCUGCAGCUUCCAAAUUGAUCGGAGCUGGAAAGUUACGCGCUGGCUGGUGCAGUUUCUGGAGUUGGAUUGGUUUCAGCCUCUCAAUCGUUUAACCUAUGCAUUAUAUUUACUAAACCCGUUGAUCAUACUCAAUUUAUACUAUUCUCUCAGCGAUGCGAUUCCAGCCGAUGUUGGCCUUUUGAUCUUCCUGUGUGUGGCACAUUUGGUUAUAGUUUUGGUGCUCUCUGUUCCGUUGACCCUGUUUUUUGAGCUGCCCUUUAAUAGGCUGUCAAAUCUAUUGCUAGCCUCGAGUUUUCCAAAGAGUAAAAGCUCUUAAUUAAUUUUUUCUUUUUCCUUAUUUGUUGUGUACUUAAAGCGCAUUAUAAUUAACUUGAUUCAAAAUUCAUGUACAAUAUAUUUUAAUAGACAAACGAAAAUACGUUAAGAGUUACCGUUAACAUAACUGUUUUGCGCUAUGCUAUGCUUUUACAUUGCUCUAUUUUGCGUUAAUGCUGCUGUUACUACAUUUACAUAGCUCCAUUUUGUGCACAGCUGAUUUCGGUUCAUAUGCUGCGCAUUUUAAUCGAUAGUCAUACAGAAUGUUCGAUUUUUGUAUGCUGUUCGUACUUUUACAUAGCUCAACUAUGCGUUAACGUGCUCCAUUUUGCGCACAGCUGAUUUUGGUUCAUAUGUUGCGCAUAUUAAUCGAUAGUCAUACAGAAUGUUCGAUUAUUUCAUCAUGCCAUUGGUAUGAAGCCAAUAGCAAAUAAAUAAAAUGUAAAAUAUACGCAA